AACUAAAGCUAGAUCUACAGGAGUCAAGUCAUCAUCAUCAACAUUCAUGAUUUUAGAAGGAAAAAAAAAAGGAAAAAACCCACUGUAAAUCAUUGCAAUUAAUCCGUACAAUACAAUUUUCAAGCAAUUUUCUUCAAAAUUCCUUAACCCACUUAUCAUCUGCCCCUUGUUUAGGCUCAAUUUUCGUUAUUUCCUCUCUCCUCUCACUUUUUCUCAGAGAAUAGUUCACUCUUUCUCUCUCCUCCUCUUCUCAAAGCUCUUGAGUGUGAGUUUUUUUUAAAGAUUAAGAUCCCUGAAAUCUGCCCCUAUUUUGUGUGUCUUUUUCUUGAAAGGUCGUUUUUUUUUUUAUUUGAGGGUUGUUGGAAAAAAAAUUAGGAUUUUUUUGGCACCAAUUUAAUACGACCCCUAAUUUUUAAGGGCAGGUUUAGUUAAAAGGGAGAACUGGGUUUUUGUUUUUUCUCAUUAAUCUCCCCUUUUAACCACCUUCUGGGUACUCUAAAUUUUUGUAAUUUGCUGGGAAUUUUGAUAUUUUUAGGACUAAAAAUCUAACAUUGAGGGUUUCUGCAAGUUUGAUCAGGGGCUUUUGGGGGAAUUUUAGUAUUUAAAUGGCUUUAUUUUGGUUUAUGUUAUGGUGUUUAACACCAAAUGGGUGCAUGAAAUUCAUGCCAUUUAUGUAAAAUUCUUUUUGAGGGUUUUGAUUGGAUUUGGUAAGUGGGUUUUGGGGAAUUUGAGCUUAGGUUGCUGAAUUGUUGGUUUUGCAAUGGAUUUAAAUGGUAACGAGUCAAAAACUAAGCCACUUAUUAGUAGCCUGAAGCCUGAAAAGGGAACAAUACAGGGGGUUUUGGGUAAGGGGGAAGAGGAUGAUGAAUCAAAGAGGUUGUUAUCGCCUCGAAACAGCGAAAAUUUGAAUGGUGAAUUGAAGACAAAGAAAGUUCAGUGGAAUGAUACUAAUGGUGGUAAUAAGCUUGCUGAAGUUGUGGAGUUUCAACCUAGUGAUGUGAGCGACAGUGAUGACGAUGAAGAUUCAGAUGCUUGCUUCUGUACAAUAAUGUAGAAUUUACAACACCAACAAUGCCAGCUUGUAGAUUCAUAUAAGUAGAUGUUAUUCUUACACUUAUCAAUCAGCAAUAUUCUGCUGGAAUAUAUUCCCCUGAGUUUGCCACUUCCUACUUGUGAUUCUUGAAUCAGAAGAUACUACUUUACCUUAUAACUGAACUCCAUCUAGAAUCUUGAUAUCAAGAUCACUGAAUUUGGGAAGCAUUCUUUUGCCCAUGGAAAUUUUUGCUCAUAGGCUAAGCUUGCUGCGCUUGCGUCAGUUGUCUAAUUUGACAGAGCUUAACUAACUUUACGGCUUUUGAGGGCAGAUGGAAAAUGUUAACAUCCACGGCGACACUUGCAGCAUGUCCUCCUAAACCGAGGUAGAUGCAGAAGAUGAGCUUUUGUAAGUUUUUAGAGUGUGUAUUCUUCUUACUUUUUUUUUUCCUGUCAGAAUGGUUCGUUCUAUUUGUUGUUCUGAAACGAAUUUCGAUAAUAUACAUCAUUAAUCCUGCUUGUAAGAAUGACACUAACAACAAAUUUAUGGAUCUCUUGUUUUCUCCUUC